AUGCGAUGGAUCGUAAUCCGUUUUUGCUCGAGUUGCAGGAACAAUGGCCGACGGCGCAUUCCAUCCGCAUCACCGUUAGCGGUCCGUAGUAAUCAUAGCAAUCAUCAUCGCUUUGGUCAUGACUUGAAGGCGGUUCCGAAGAAUUUAAUAAGACAAGCUAAGAAAGACGGCUCUGAAGAUAAUAUUUCAAUAAUCGUGGUGUUCCUGAAGGACCCGCGUGAUAUUGUCGCCGACAACUGCCCGCCCAUGGACCUUGGGCUGGACAACGCGGUGGUGAACGCACCACCGUUCGCCGUAGAGAAUGAGGCAUGUAAACUGGUCGCCGAGGCUGGUGGCGGUGACUGCGCAGAGGGCGGGGACAACAGUGUCUCAGACAGCGACAGUGACGACCUCGGCCCGGAAACGGCGGUCGACGCCGACCUGGACAUCGACGACGACGCAGAAAUGAACCACGACCCGGCACCGCCGACCCCCCCAGCACACGCUGUGGAAGAAAGCCACGUCGACGGCAACUUAGUGGAUAAUGUAGCGGAGAGUGGCGAGGAGUCCGAAGACGAGUGGAAUUACUUCAAAGGAGAAGGCGAACGCGAACAAAACCCCAGUGAAGAAGCCGACGAGCCCCCAAGAUCCGAAACACCUUGUCAAGAUAAUUCUGCUUGGGAAAGCAGUUCAGUAGACAUGAAUAGUUCACCACUCAACCCAGAUGCACCAGUGUUUGUGCCUGGCAGUGUUGCGGGCUCUGAUGUGCUACUAGCGGAAUCCCCACGGAAGCCGCUACCAAUGGACGAUAUCGAGCUGCCUGAUGUCGCCCAGUUCCAGACUGAGGCCAUUGUCAGGCCAGCAGAACUACAAGACUUGGACAACUGUGAUCAGCUCAAUGGGCAUCAUAAUAUAUCAAUGGAAGGUGUAACAGAACAUUUAAAUGGUAAUGACAAAUGUGAAAUGGAAAGUCUGGGCUUUGGUUUCAAUGUAGGUAUUGAACAAGAUAAAAUAAAGGAUACAAGCCUCAUCCAAGAUUUUGAAAGAAUACAAAAAGAUACUACAGAUUUUUGCAAUAUUCAGGUCUUUCAAAGUCAUACAGAAACAAAUCCUUUCAAUGUUGAGGGUGAUGAUGAACUCUUUGAGCGACUUAAGAACAAAGAGAGGGAUCCAAUGAGCAUGAGCUUUUAUCAAGAAAAAGAUGAUGACACCUGUGAAAGAUUUGGUAAAACAGAAUCAAAUGUAGACUUGAAUGCGGUUCAAACUCUCCCAGAUAGUGAUGAUGAAGACAUUCAACCAAAUGGGUAUCAAAACACAGAAGAGAUUGAUAAAGAAAAUGUUUGUCCCGAGGAGAGAUCGAAUUUAUUAAACUUAGUAGAGAAUGUGCUAGAACCAAAUAAUGAUAUUAUGAGGUUCGAUGAAAGGUCCGACGUUAUUAGUAACAAUGUAUCAAAUUUAGACAAUUUAAUGGAUUACAGCAAUCAAAAUUCAAACAACAUGCAAAAUUAUUCAAAUUCUGAGUUUGAAUGCAAUAUACAACAAGAAACAGUUGCUCAAACUGACACACCUGAAUCUCAUAAACUUCUAUUUGAGCAGAUACCAGAAAUUCCAGAUGGUAAAAGUUCAGAACUAGGAUUCAAUAAUGAAGAUUUAUUGGAUCCUUCAGAAAGUGAAAAAGAUGCUCGAGCUAUCACUCCUCAAGAUGAAACUUCACAAGAUAUUGAAAUGGAAAGCAAACAUGAUGAGUCACCAUCUGAUGAAGCCAGGCAUGAAAUCAUUGAAGAACUAAAAGAUGACCACAUAGAGGAUGAUAUAUCUGAACAAACUGAAUCAGAGAAGUUAGAAAAUGAAAUAAGAUUGGAUAAUGCUAUUAGUCCAGAGGUAUCGGAACUAGCUACCCCUGAACCUUCAAAGGAACUAGAGGAAAAUAAACCAUCUUCACCAGAAUUGACUCAGGAAAAUGUCGUGGUAGAUGUCCAUGCAGAUCCUGAACACUCCAUUGAUACAUUUAUACAGUCCAGUGUAGCUGAAGAUCAACAGGAAUUGUUUGACGAGUUUGAAAGUAACCAAGACAAAUUAGAACCUGCAAUAGAGGCUCCUGAAAUUAGACUAGAGGCUGAAGCCCCUGAAGUUAGUCUUGAAACCGAGGACAAGGAUAAUGAAGAACAAGUUGAAUCUGAAUUACUCGAGGAGUCUCCAGCACAAUCACCUUUACCAACUGAAUCCUUGUUACCGAGUGGGUCUUUAUUACCGCGCGAAUCACCUUUACCAAGCGAGUCCCCAUUACCGCGUGAGUCGCCAUUACCGCGCCAGUCGCCUUUACUACGCGAGUCGCCUUUACCGCGCGAGUCGCCUUUACCGCGCGAGUCCUCAUUACCGCGUGACUCUCCGUUACCGAGUGAAUCUCCAUUGCCGCGAGAAUCUUUAAUAUCUAAAGAGAUUUCACAGCCGCAUGAGUCUCCAUUGCCGAGAGAAUCUCCGUUAUCGCGAGACUCUCCACUGCCGCAAGAGGCUUCAUUGCCGCGAGAAUCUCCACUGCCGCAAGAGGAGGAAAUUGUGCCCCAAGAAGCUUUAUUGACACAGGAAUCACUGCAGCGAGAGUCACCAGUCCCAAAAUCCCCAUUACCUUUAGAUUCAUUCAUGACAACAGGGUCCCCACUGCCUCAAGAGACCCUAGUACCUCGAGAAUCAUCAUUGCCACGGGAGUCACCGUUAGGUCAAGAGCUGAUACGUGAGUCCCCACUACCAAGCGAAUCUCCACUACCACAAGAGUCAUUGCAGCCAGUUUCUCCAAUGCCCAGUGAGUCUCUUAUUCCUUCAGAAUCACCUGUGCAAAGUGUACCUGAAGUAGUUGAACCUUCUUUAUCUAUUUCAAAGUCACCACUCCCAACAGAAAUAGAGGUUACAGAGUCCCCUGCACAAGCACUGUCACCCUUACCUUCACAGUCACCUAUGCCACAGGACACCUCCGAGCCUCUAGUACCGGCCGAGGUACCCUUACCUAGAGAAUCCCCAUUACCAACUGAUUCUCCUGUAGUUGAGGAUAUUUUAGAACCAGUGCAUGUUGAUGAAAUUACACAAAACGUCGAAAUUUCUAAAUCACCCCUACCUUCACAAACAUUUGAUGAACAGUCUACAGCACAGGUACCUGUGGAGUCACCAGUUCCUAGUACAGAAAAAGAAUUAAUUAUGCCUGACCAACAAGCUUCUCCCAUUCCAGUUAUACAAAGUGAGAGUGAAAUGGAACUUCACGGGGCGCAGCACGAGGAGCAGCAGUUAACAGAGAAGUCCGAACAGAUAGACGAGUGUCUUGAAGCAGUCGAGACAUCGACUGCAAAGUCGCCUGUACCUGUAGAAUCUUAUACUGAAGUGGCACCUACAGAAUUAGUUCCCACAGAACCAGAGAGGCCUAAAAGUCAAUCUCCCGCUCCCGUGGAACAAGUUUCUGAAGUCGAAGCUAGAGUAACACCUACAAUUCCAAUAGAAAAUAGUGAAACGUCACAAGUCCAGGGAAUAACGGCCGGAUUUAGCGCCCCAGCGCCAGAUAUCGUUCCAGAGGAACGGCCGCGCACCGAACUAGUCACUGAUAUCGAUAUCGGUAUUCCCGAGUCGCGAGCACAAGAGAUCUGCGUCCCGGUCACCUGCGAGAUACAACACAACGACGCCGUGCAGGCGGGCGCCGCGCCGCCGCCCGCCGCGCCGCCCGCGCAGCCCGCGCUCGGCGACGCGCCCAUCGCCGCCGCCACCGCCGCCGUCGCCGCGGCCGCCGUCGCCGCCACCGCCGCGGUCGCCUCCGCCGCCACUAAAGCGAAACUCUCACCCAAGAAAUCUCCUACGACCCCCACAGCGAAAACCGACAAGACUACCACGAAAGCAACGCCGAAAACUACUACCACAGCGCGAACACCCCUUUCGGCCAAGAGGCCGGCGUCCGCCACUACCACGCCGAAGUCGCCGGCCGCGGCGCCCGCGCGCGCCGCGCCGCGCACGCCGCUGUCCGCGCCCAAGGCGCCGGCCGCGCGCCCCGCCGCCAAGCCCGCCGCGCCGCCCGCCAAGCCUGCGCCCAAGCCCGCCGCCACGCGCGUCGCCCCCGCCCCGCGCCCGGCGCCCGCCGCUCGCGCGCCCGCUAAAGCACCAGCGGCUAAGCCUGCCGCGCCCAAGCCUGCGGCGCCGGCCAAGUCUGCCUCGGCGCCGCCCAAGCCCGCUGCGCCGCGUCCUGCGCCAAUCACCCGCCCUCCGCCUGCCGCUGCCAAGCCCAAGGAAGUGAAGCCCAAGCCGCCGCCCAUCACCAGGCCCGUGACCAACGGCGACGUGAAGGCCCCGGCCAAGCCGCUGCCGCGCGCGCCCGCCGCCGCCGCCCGCCCCGCGCCGCGCCCCACGCCGCGCCCCGCGCCUGCCACUGCUCCAGCUAAGCCAGCAGCUCCCAAACCCACGGCGCGCGCACCACUCGACAAGCAGAGCAAGGACCUCGCCAACAAACGCAUCACAGCUAAAGCCGCUCCCCCGAGGACUGCAACAACUAAGGCCCCCGGAGGCAUAAAGAGCGUGGCGAAGAGGUCGCUGGAUAGCAAGAAGGAGGCGGCCAAGCUGGCGAACGGCGUGGAGGCCGGCGGCGACGCGCUGCUGCCCGACGUCAUCGCG